CUUUGCUGGCGUUCAAACGUGCGAGGAGACGAAAGAUGCCGCGCUAUAUUUCGAUUGUAUAAAAAAAACUUGUAAAAGAACACAAACCCAAAGGAAUUUUGUAAUUAAAAAAAAUAAAGAUAAACAAAAUGCGAGGCAAGAGUUUAACUAUUUUGCUGUCACUUUGCAUUAUUGCAACUUGCUUGAAAAUCAUAAAUUCGCUGCCGGAUAUUAUCAAAAUAGGUGGUCUAUUUCACCCCACUGAUGACAACCAGGAGUUGGCCUUCCGACAAGCUGUUGAACGUAUCAAUGCUGAUAGAUUGAUUUUGCCACGGUCAAAAUUAGUGGCGCAAAUAGAGCGCAUCUCGCCGUUUGAUAGUUUUCAUGCCGGCAAAAAAGUUUGCGGUUUACUUAAUAUUGGAGUGGCAGCGAUAUUCGGGCCGCAGUCCUCUCACACCGCAAGUCAUGUGCAAAGCAUUUGUGACAACAUGGAGAUACCACAUUUGGAAAAUCGCUGGGACUACCGUUUGCGCCGCGAAAGUUGUCUAGUCAAUCUUUAUCCACAUCCGAAUACAUUAUCAAAGGCUUAUGUGGAUAUUGUUAAGUAUUGGGGUUGGAAAACUUUUACUAUCAUCUAUGAGAGUAAUGAUGGCAUAGUACGUUUACAAGAGUUACUCAAAGCGCACGGUACUUCACCAUUUCCCAUUACUGUGCGCCAACUAAGUGAUUCAGGUGAUUACAGACCUCUGUUAAAACAAAUAAAAAAUUCUGCAGAGGCACAUAUUGUGCUCGAUUGUACAACUGAGAAGAUAUAUGAGGUGCUCAAACAAGCUCAACAAGUUGGCAUGAUGAGUGAUUAUCAUAGUUAUUUAAUAACCUCACUUGACCUGCAUACAGUAAAUCUUGAAGAGUUCCGUUAUGGUGGUACUAAUAUCACAGGCUUUCGUUUAAUAAACGAUAAAAUUGUUUCGGAUAUGGUACGUCAGUGGAGCAUCGAAGAGAAGGGUCAACUACGUUCAGCAAAUUUGUCCACAGUGAAGGCUGAGACAGCUUUGAUGUAUGAUGCAGUACAUUUAUUUGCAAAAGCAUUACAUGAUUUGGAUACAUCACAGCAGAUUGAUAUACAUCCAAUAAGCUGUGAUGGACAAAAUACUUGGCAACAUGGUUUUAGUUUAAUCAAUUAUAUGAAAAUUGUUGAAAUGAAAGGAUUGACAAAUGUGAUCAAAUUCGAUCAUCAAGGUUUUCGCACAGAUUUUAUACUUGAUAUUGUAGAGUUAGGACCAGGUGGCGUACGAAAAAUUGGCACAUGGAACUCUACAUUACCGGAAGGAAUAAAUUUCACUCGUACUUUCAGUCAAAAGCAAAAAGAAAUCGAAGCAAACCUUAAGAAUAAAACUUUAAUCGUUACUACUAUUUUGAGUAAUCCUUAUUGUAUGCGUAAAGAAUCCUCAGUACCACUAACUGGAAAUGAUCAAUUUGAGGGAUACGCUGUUGAUCUUAUACAUGAAAUAUCGCUUGCUCUUGGUUUCAACUAUAAAAUUCAGUUGGUACCAGACGGUAGCUAUGGCAGUUUCAACAAACAAACAGGUGAAUGGAACGGUAUGAUACGCGAACUACUGGAACAAAGAGCAGAUCUUGCAAUAGCGGACUUAACCAUUACAUUUGAACGAGAGCAGGCAGUAGACUUCACUAUGCCUUUUAUGAAUUUAGGAGUUUCAAUUUUAUAUAGAAAACCAGUGAAGCAACCACCAAAUCUUUUUUCAUUCCUAUCACCAUUAUCUUUAGAUGUUUGGAUUUAUAUGGCUACAGCGUACUUGGGUGUAUCAGUUUUACUUUUUAUUUUGGCAAGAUUUACGCCAUAUGAGUGGCCAGCAUAUGCGGAUGCACAUGGUGAAAAAGUGGAAAGUCAAUUUACUCUACUGAAUUGUAUGUGGUUUGCUAUUGGAUCACUGAUGCAACAAGGUUGCGAUUUCUUACCAAAAGCUUUAUCUACACGUAUGGUAGCUGGCAUGUGGUGGUUUUUCACAUUAAUUAUGAUUUCUUCAUACACUGCUAACUUGGCAGCAUUUCUGACUGUGGAACGUAUGGAUUCUCCAAUCGAAAGUGCUGAAGAUUUGGCGAAGCAGACACGUAUAAAGUACGGAGCACUUAAAGGUGGCAGCACAGCCGCUUUCUUUAGGGAUUCUAAAAUCUCAACAUAUCAACGAAUGUGGUCAUUUAUGGACUCCGCAAGACCUUCCGUAUUUACCUCGAGUAAUGGUGAAGGUGUAGAUCGUGUAGUAAAAGGCAAAGGCACUUACGCUUUCUUAAUGGAGUCAACAUCUAUUGAAUACGUGACAGAACGUAAUUGUGAGCUCACUCAAGUGGGUGGCAUGUUGGACACAAAGAGCUAUGGCAUAGCCACUCCACCAAGUAAUUUGAACUAUUCGCCUUAUCGUACGGCUAUAAACGGUGUUAUUCUAAAAUUGCAAGAAGAAGGUAAACUGCACAUACUGAAAACUAGAUGGUGGAAGGAAAAACGCGGAGGUGGUAAUUGCCGUGUGGAAACUUCUAAAUCAUCAUCAGCGGCAAAUGAAUUGGGUUUAGCGAAUGUGGGUGGAGUAUUCGUAGUACUAAUGGGCGGUAUGGGUGUAGCUUGUGUGAUUGCCGUAUGUGAAUUUGUGUGGAAGUCUAGAAAAGUAGCAGUGGAGGAGCGAUUAAGUGCAAUACUUCAUGAAUGAGAAAAAUCGUAAACCCAAGCGAAAUGGGUUACGAUUAAAACGAAACAAUAAAUUUAAAGAAUUUUA